UUUCCUCUAAGUUCCACCCUUCCCUGGCCAGUACGCGCAUAUGUGACUCCGUUUGUUAUCUAGCGUCUUCGGAUCGGACGGGAAAAUACGUUUCGGAUUUUUAUGGAAACACUCAAGUGCACACUGUACUAUUUUCUUGGUUUAUCGAUUGAGAAAUUGGUGCGAAGAUGAUUUUCCUAACGCUGUUCUGUAUUUUUGCCACUGUUAAUAGCGAGAUUCACGAUCUUCAUUACAUUUACACCGCCCUUUCGAAGCCCAUCAGUCAACCAGGAGUCUAUCAGUUCACUGCUAUGGGAAUUCUGAACGACAGGCCGAUUGACUUCUACAACAGCGAAGGCAAGGUCAAGAAGCCGUUGCAAACAUGGAUGAAAGAACAUAACGAGAAAGACUACUGGGAGAAAGGCACACAGUCCCGCAGGAGCAAGGAACAGUGGUUUGAUGUCAACAUCAAAAUCCUGAUGGAACGCAUGCACCAGAACAAAUCAGAUCCAGAUGUCCAUAUUCUACAGUGGAUGCAUGGCUGCCAGGUGGAAAAGACAACUGAUGGCAAGCUGAAGUUUCAUAAUGGUUUUGACCAGUACGGCUAUGAUGGCAAGGACUUCCUGGCCUUCGACAGUGAGAACAUGGCGUGGGUGGCCCCUGUCCGCGCAGCUGAAUCCACCAAGCAGAAAUGGGACAACGUGCCUAUCCUCAGCCAGUACACCAAGGGUUACCUACAGACGGACUGUGUGCACUGGCUGGAGAAAUUUCUGAAGUACCAAGAGCUAGAUUUCAAAACUUUCUCUCCUCCUGAGGUACAUCUUUUUUCAAAGAAGUCCACCAGCCCUGACUACCGCACCCUGGUGUGUUUGGCCACCGGAUUCUACCCCAAAGAUGUGGCGGUAAACAUCCUGAAGGACGGUGUGCCAUUGACCGAAUUGGACAGGGUCGCCUCUUCGGGGGUGAGACCCAAUGGAGAGCGUAAGGAGACGUACCAGCUGAGGAAGUGGCUGGAGAUCAAGGCAUCAGACACCUCAAAGUACAGUUGCAGAAUCCACCACCGAACCCUGCCGAGUCCGAUCGAAAAAUCCUGGGAUGGAAAGUGCCGUAACUGUGACGGUGACAACACAGGCACCAUUGUUGGUGGCGUUGUUGUUUUGCUCAUCGUCUUGGUGGCGGUGCUUGUGGGCCUGUACUUUCUGCGCAAGAGAAAGAAAGCUGCCCAAGCUCCUGCGAACCAAACUCUGACUGGAGCCACAAUCUGAAGCCGCUGAAGUAGUGUGACGGGUUUGGUCUGGUGGCAUGAAACAGCUCUUAACCAAACCUCUGACCGUGACCUUUCCAUGCAAACAUUUUUUGAUCAGCAUUUUUUUUACCAUUUAAAUGUUUCAAACAUAAAGCUUAUUAUUGUUACUUUCGUUCUUUAAAAUGUUCCAAUAUGAGAUUCAUGACACUUCUGAAUAUGCUAAUUAUAUUAUGCUUUUUUUCCUCAUGAAUUUUGGCACAUUUCUUGUUGCAUUUAAAGUUACAAUCUCGAAGAUUUCUGUUUCGUUCUCUUUGGAGGGACCAAUGGCGAGAAGCGGUAAUUGCAAGUGUGUUUUUGGACCUCACUUCCCAUAGAUCCAACCGGAUCCAACCAGUGUUGCCUGUGUGACGUCAGUCAAUUAGCAGUGCCAACUAUAGCACUAUUUACUGAAUAAAAAAUGGUUGUUAUAAAAGUAA